ACCAAAAAUAGCAUUAAAUGUUUAACAAUGCUCCAUCUCUAACAAAUCUCCCAAAAUCUCUCCCAUCCAAUGCUCCAUCUCCUUCUUAAUCCCCAUUCAUCCCUCCAUUUUCCACACACCGCAAUUGCUUCCUUCUUCCUCCUCACAAUACAACACAUCCAGAGGAAGCAGGUUUUCCCCCACCUCCUUCCUCUACCCCGCCAUGGCCGUCUUUCACCCUACCGCUCUUCUUCUUCUUCUACUUUUCCUAUCUCUUCCAUUCUCCCUUCACUCUCACCUUUCUCUCGAUUAUUACCACAAAACUUGCCCCGACUUCGCACAAAUCGUUCACGACACUGUCGCUCGCAAGCACGCUACUAGCCCCGUCACCGCCGCUGCAUCUAUGCGCCUCUUCUUCAGCGACUGUUUGGUUGGAGGCUGCGAUGCCUCUGUUCUUAUUUCAUCCAAUGUCUUCAACCACGCCGAGCGCGAUGCUGAAAUCAACCAGGCUCUUCCUGGUGACGCCUUCGACGUUGUCACUCGUGCGAAGAUCACCUUAGAGCUCUCUUGCCCUGGCAUCGUCUCUUGCUCUGAUGUGUUAGCGCAGGCGACUAGAGAUCUCAUCGCGGCCUCAGGUGGACCGUCGUACAAAGUUGAAUUAGGGCGAAAAGAUAGCCUCGUCUCGAAGAUUUCAGAUGUGGAAGGUAACAUUCCGAAACCGAAUCAAUCAAUUGACGAAUUGAUUAAGCUAUUCGAAGCGAAAGGAUUCACGAUUCAAGAAAUGGUAGCGCUAUACGGCGGACGCACAAUCGGAUUCUCGAAUUGCAGGGAAUUCAGCGAUCGGCUGUUCAAUUUCAGCAAAAACACGCCAACAGAUCCUGAGAUUAAUUCGAAAUAUGCAGAGGCGUUGAAGAAGUCCUGCGCCGACUACGAGAAGAAUCCAGCAAGUUCAGCGUACAGCGACCCCGUAACGCCAGGGAAGUUCGAUAACGUAUACUACCAGAAUCUGCUGAGAGGAAUGGGACUGUCGGCGGCGGAUCACGCGCUGGUGAAGGAUCCAAGGACGAGGAAAUUCGUGGAGAUGUAUGCAGGGAACCAGGCAUUAUUCUUCAAGGAUUUUGGAGAGGCGAUGGAGAAGAUGAGCGUUCGCGAGGUGAAAACUGGCGAGAAGGGAGAUGUGAGGAGAAGGUGCGAUGCAUUCAAUACAAUCAACCAUUAGGCCAUUUUUUGUAUUUUUUUUUUGUAUUUUUUUUUUCUUUUGCCCUAUUUUUUUUUUUUUUUGUGAGAUUGAUUUGGAGAAAGUUUAUUGAUGGAAGAGAGAGUGAGAGGAAGAGGAAGAGGAAGAAUCCUUUUUGUAAUUGUGGUUAUUGCAUAUUUUAAUGAAUUGAAUUCUCUUAUUUUCUUUUCA